AUGGAGGCAGGAGCUGGAGGCGCAGGUGCCGGAGGGGCAGGGUCAGACACUAAAGGGGGCGAUAGCCCCGCCACCCCCGAAAACCCUCGGGGCCCCGCGCAGCCCGCUGCCCCCGAGGACCCCCGGAUUCCAGCGCACCCCGCGCUCCCGCAGCUCCCACGCCGCCCGCGGCCCCUGGACGAGGGGGGAGAGCCCAGCGAGGAUGGGGCCGCGGGGGGCAGCGAGCCCGCCCCGGAGGACGCCCCGGCCCAGGCGGCGGGCGAGGCUGGGCCGGGUUCCAAGGCGGCGGCCGGAGGCGCACCCCACAUCGGCUUCGUGGAGGAGCCCCCGCCCUACGCGCCGCCGGACCCCAAGGCCGCACCGCUGCUGUACCCGCCCUUCCCGCAGGUGCCCGUGCUCCUGCAGCCCACGGCGUCCGCGCUCUUCCCGCCACCCGCCCCGCUCUACCCGGCCGCGCCCACGCCACCCGCGCUCUUCCCGCCGCCCGCCGGGGCCGCCUUCCCCUUCCCAGUGUACAAUGGCCCCAUGGCUGGCGUGCCAGGCCCUGCCACGGUCGAGCACAGACCCCUGCCCAAGGACUUCAUGAUGGAGUCAGUGCUGGUGACCCUGUUCUGCUGCCUGCUCACUGGCCUCAUCGCCAUCGUGUACUCACACGAGACCCGCGCAGCCCUGGGCAGGGGUGACCUGGCCCAGGCUGAGGAAGCCUCGCGGAAGGCCCGCUCACUGGUGCUCUUCAGCCUGCUCUUUGGGGUCUUCGUGUCCACCAGCUGGGUCAUCUACGUGGUGGUGGCACUCUACCUUCCCUGAGGCUGUGGCUCCCGCCAGGAUGUCGGAUGCCGGGAUGCCCAGGGACAGGGGGCCACCAGAGGCGCCUCCUCUCAAGGCCUUCUUUAGACACUUGCCUUCAUCUGUGCCCCUGGGAGGCCCUUGUAGGAACCAAAGCCUUCACUGUCUUCAGAGCCAUCUGGAAGGACGCUGCAACCUCUGCCUCCCCACAACCUCCAGCCCAGCUCAGGCGAUCCGGCUGUCAGUAUUAUCUUUCCCUUGGGGAGAGUGGAGCAUGGUGGCCCCUGCCUGGUUGUUCUCCUACCCCUUCCCCAUCCGUAGGCGGAGCUUGCAGUGAGCUGAGAUCACGGCACUGUACUCCAGCCUGGGUGACAGAGUGAGACUGUCUCAAAACCAAACAAAUAAAAACAAUUGCAGAGAGAGAGGAGGAAGGGGACCCCCAGCUGAGCCACACAAGAUUGACGGCUCAAGCUAAAUCAAUUGCGUUCAGAGCAGCCAUGGCGUGCUGCUUACAACCCGGCACCCGGGGCUGAAACAGGAGAA